AUGGCUAACUCUCCCCAUGGUAGAAUUUUGAAGGAUCUCGUAGCGCGAGAUGAAGCCCUCCGAGAUUCUCUGCAUAAGGAAACAAUGACGCUGCCAGAUAUUGUCCUCACCGAGCGUCAAUUAUGCGACCUGGAGCUCAUCACUAACGGAGGUUUCAGCCCUCUCGAGGGGUUCAUGAAUGAGGCUGAUUAUAAGACUGUGGUAGACAAUCUCCGCCUCGCCGAUGGCACACUCUUCCCUAUACCUAUCACUCUGGACGUGUCUCGGGAAGAUAUUGACAGUUUGUCGAUCGCCUCCGGUUCGCGCAUCGCUCUUCGCGAUCCUCGAGACGAUGAAGCACUUGCAAUCAUCACGGUGGACGACGUGUAUCUGCCAGACUUGGUGAAGGAGGCUAUCCAGGUCUUCGGCGCUGACGAUUCGGCACAUCCGUCCGUGGCCUACCUUCGCACAAAAGUGAAGGAGUACUAUGUCGGUGGCAAAGUCCAGGCUAUCCGAGCACCAACGCAUUUUGACUAUGUUGCGCUUCGAUAUACCCCUGCCGAAUUGCGUGCACAUUUCAAAAAGCUUGCAUGGCGAAAGGUCGUCGCUUUCCAGACGCGUAACCCGAUGCACAGAGCACACCGUGAGCUGACAGUACGAGCCGCUCGCCAGCUCCAAGCCAAUGUUCUUGUUCACCCCGUCGUCGGACUCACGAAACCUGGCGAUGUCGACCACUAUACCCGUGUUCGUGUUUACGAGGCCAUCAUGGCUAAAUACCCCAACGGUAUGGGCCACCUCGCCCUACUUCCCCUUGCCAUGCGCAUGGGCGGUCCACGUGAGGCCGUCUGGCACGCUAUCAUCCGCAAGAAUUACGGUGCGACACAUUUCAUCGUCGGCCGUGACCAUGCUGGCCCAGGAAAGAACUCGCAAGGUGUCGACUUCUACGGCCCGUAUGACGCUCAAGACCUCGUCACGAAAUAUCACGAGGAACUCCAAAUCGAGAUGGUGCCCUUCCAGCAGAUGACCUACGUUCCAUCAACAGACGAGUACAUGCCCAUCGACGCGGUCCCCAAGGGCAUCCAAACGCUUGAUAUUUCGGGAACAGAACUGCGCAGACGUCUGAAGACUGGAACUCCCAUUCCUGACUGGUUCAGUUAUGACGCUGUUGUGAAGACGCUACGAGAAAGCUAUCCUCCGCGCUUACAGCAGGGUUUCGUUAUUCUGUUGACUGGCCUGUACAACUCUGGCAAGGACACGAUCGCCAAAGCGCUCCAGGUUUCGCUCAACGAGCAAGGUGGUCGCAGUGUCUCGUUACUCCUCGGCGAGAACAUCCGUCCAGACCUCGACGCCCCAUUCAGCUCUACUGCGGAGGAGCGAGUGAAAAACCUUCAGCGUGUCGGGUAUGUCGCGGCCGAACUGGCACGAGCAGGGGCUGCAGUUAUCGCUGCACCUGUCUCGCCGAAGCAGACUGCUCGGGAUGCCGUGAAGGAUCUCGUCCUCCGCACCGCGGGUGCCGGCUCCAACUUCUUCACCGUCCAUGUCGCCACACCGCUGGCGUACUGCGAGGCGACCGAUCGUCGAGGUGUGUAUGCCCGCGCGAGAAACGGGGAGAUCUCGGGUAUUGCAGGCGUCGACGAGGAGUUCGAGGCUCCCGAGCGGCCAGACUUGUCCGUGGAUGUGUCCGUGCAGAGCGUGCCCGAGAUCGUACACUACAUCGUGCUCCUUCUUGAGAAGAACUCGUUGUUGUAG